GGUGCGCAGGCUGCUCUAGCGUCCGCCGCCUGCUGCAUGCAACAUGGCGCACACGGCGCCUCUGGAAGGGUGCUUCCUGCCAAGGUGCGUCCUGUUGAUGGUGGUGGGGCUGGCAACAUGCAACGCGUACGCCGUCGUCACAGCCAUUCCGGAGGACGACCCGUCGACAGGGACCACCCAAGAAGUCAGUGGAGUGGCCCAUCUGCCGCUUACUAUCAGCAAUGCGACUGUACCCUAUGACCAGGCGACUCUGCCGACCUUCCUAAAGAAAGAGGAUGCCAUGGGAUUCAAGCGAGCAGAUCAAAAAAUCCAGAUGGGUUCGCACAAUAGACUGCGUGAGGCGAUGAUCGACAUACGUAAUGAUAUACCAACUGAAGGACCUCAUGGUGCAUCUUGUGAAGAGGCUGCGGAAGAGCCGCGCGAACCAACCACUGAAUUGACACAAAACGUUACCGUGAUGAUUUCAGGGGGAUUUAAAGCCGCCCUCAAGAAAUUAUUAUCGCAAUAUGAAGCCAAAAGUGGCUACGAAGUUAUUUUGGUACCUGGCCCUUCAAUGGGGCAGUCGCCACAGGCAAUCCCCAAUCGUCUGGCCCGCGGUGAAAAAGCGGACGUAGUAAUUAUGGUGGGCGAUGCGUUGACAAGUCUCGAGAAGGGUAACUGGACCCAGCCGGGCUCACGCACUGAGUUGGCUGACUCGUCCAUCGGCAUGGUGGUGAAAAAAGGUGAUCCAUGGCCCGAUAUCAAAACCGUAACUGCUUUUCGCAACACCCUUCUGGAGGCAAAAUCUAUAGCCUACUCCGACAGCGCUAGCGGUACUUACAUCAGCAGCCAGCUGUUCAAGAAGCUGGGCAUUGAAGACCGGGUGAAAGACAAGGCGCAUAUGAUCGAGUGCAUUCCAGUUGCCUCAGAGGUAGCCAAAGGAAACUACGCUUUGGGCUUCCAGCAAGUGAGCGAGUUGCUGCCAGUGCACGGCGUUGAUUUAGUUGGUGAAGUGCCUGACGAAGUACAGCUGAUCACACGUUACGCCGGAGCGGUUAUCGCAGAAGCUGUAAACCAGAAGGAAGGUGAAGCAUUACUAAGCUUUCUCUCGUCACCCGAGGCGCAGGAUAUCAUUCACGCAGCCGGCUUGAGGUCCGUCCGGGCCGAAAAUGGUGGAAGUAGCUGUAGGAGUUCUCACACUGCCAAUGCAGUCUUCAUUCUCCUUGCACUCAUCACUAUUCUCUUCUAAGGCUGCCGGAAAGUGACUUCAUUCAAGCUAACAUGGAGCCUACUCCAUGACCCUUUCUAUUUUCGCCCGAGCGAAGCGAGUUAGCAGGGGGUUGCAGGUCAACGCCAUGUUUGCACCCGCGAUGCAGAGGUUUCACACUUCUGUAAGGUUAUGAAAACUGAGGGGGUGUGGGAUCUAUGACCGACCACUGGGGUCCCAUGAGCGAGUGGUUUUUUUCUUCUCUUAAUUUUCUGUCUGAUUAUGAUUUAUUUUCGACUCAAAGUUGUUUUUUUCGCAGAAGAAGGUUUUCUCACGAAUCGUCAAUCACAAGUAAGAUUCAGAAAGGUUCUGAACCAAUAUCCCAAACAACCCCAGCCAACUCAGGCAGAAGGCAGCGAGGCCUACGGAUCGGGAGUGGUGAGGGUCGGCCUGGGCUCUUGCCAACCUAACGGAAACAAAUGUAUCUGGGCAUCCUUAGUAUAUGCAGGGUUGUUUUGUUUAUGUAGUGCCACAGUGCAGCCAGGGGCGAGGGACUUUCAAACGAAAUGAAAGAAAUGUUUGUCUCAACAUUAUAUAUUAUAAUAACAUAAUUCAAAACAAGAAGAAAUUACAAAUGUAACCAAAAAAUAAAUAAAAAUACACAAUGUCAUUA